UAUGAUUAUACAUGGGGAUAACAAGAACGCUUAACAGAUACCUUCUAUAAAUAGCUGACAAAACUAGUUGUUACACAUUCACAGAUUUGUGAAACUAAAAGUAAGAGCUCCACUUACAUAUUGCCUCUCUCGAAAGAGCUAGCCAUGGCUAAACUCAUAACUUCUCUUCUCUAUCUCACAAUUAUCUUCUCUUUCAUUUUUCUCACGACGUCAAAAGAUGCUAAGUACCAUCCAGAAAAGUAUGGACCCGGAAGUCUGAAAUCAUACCAAUGUGGAGGAGAAUGCACGAGGAGGUGUAGCAACACAAAGUAUCAUAAGCCAUGCAUGUUCUUCUGCCAAAAGUGUUGUGCUAAAUGUCUCUGUGUCCCUCCAGGCACGUACGGCAACAAACAAGUGUGUCCUUGUUACAACAACUGGAAGACUCAACAAGGUGGACCAAAAUGUCCGUAAACAAAACACAUUGAGAGAGAAACCCUGAUAUAAAAUCUUCUAUGUUUCUUUCAUGUUUGAUUUCUUUUGUUUGUAAUCAAUACACACGAAAGGAGCUUUGACCGGAGGAGCUUAAGCAUCCUUCUCUCAAAAUACUACUUUGAUCUCUAUGACCUUUAUAAGUCAUAGCCCUUUUACAAUGCAA